AUGAAACAUGGCCAUGAGCUCACCGUGCGGUGCGUGCAAGUUCCUACGGAGAAAGUGCGAGCAGGAAUGCUGCAUUUUCGCUCCCUACUUUAGCACGGAGGAAGGGGCAACACAAUUUGCAGCCAUCCAUCGUGUGUUUGGGGCUAGCAAAGUAUCGAAGAUGCUCCUUCACCAAGUGCCGCCGGAGGUACGGGAAGAGGAAAUGGCAACAAUCACAUACGAGGCGGAGGCAAGGGUCCACGAUCCCAUAUACGGUUGCGUCGGCCACAUUGUUGCCCUACAAAGACAGGUGGCAAGUCUGCAGCUGCAGGUGAUGCAGGCAAAGGCACAAUUAGUAGCUCAGGACAAAGUCAUGUUUAGUAAUGGUACGCAGUUAUGGGGGAUUGAUACUCACACUAGAUUGCAACAAGGCCAUCAGAGCUUUGCUAGCUCUGCUCUUCCAACCGCUCGCAAGCCAUUGUUUGCGAAAGGACAAGAGCAUUCCAUGUCUUCGUCGCAGAGCUCCAACAUUAUCAACUGCUUCGAUGAGCAGAGCAUGGAGUUGGAUUCUUCUUCAGUAUCAUCACUGCAACAAGAGGUUGGCAUGAGUGACCUGCAAGCAUUAGCUUUAAGAAUGAUGAGGAAGUAAUUAAUCUCCAGGACACAGACAUAGAAACAUAUGUUAAUGAUGUUUUUACUUCUCUGUACUAGUUUUUUUCCUUUUCUUUUGUUUUGUGUGUGUGUGUGUAGCAGCUCACUGGUUAGAUAAUAUGUUGA